AUGCCCAGGUCUGGGGAGGAGGAACUUAUCAAGGCUUUGGAGUUAUUGCACACAGGCCUGAUCAGACCUACUUCAACAUCGGGCUCCAAUCGGUCAUGUUUGGCAGCAACUAAUUUCUCGGUCGGGCUUGCCGCAAGCGAUCUUAACCGCCAAGGUUUAGCUACCUCAUUGUCAGCCUUUAAUCAAAUGCCCACACGUCACCAACUAUCUUGCAUCGCCAAUUUAGUAGACGGGCUGCUAUCCACCCAGGCAAGCUGA